CUAGUGUAUGUGACCAGAAAAAUACCAACUAUGUCUCAAUCAAAUGGCUGCACUAUGAGUAAAGAACGGCAAGAGUCACACAAGAAAAUGAUGAUGUCACCUCUGGCUCACAGCGAUACAGAGGUGUUUUCUAUCAUAAAAAAGGAGAAGCACAAGCAAAUAUAUGGUCUGGAACUAAUAGCUUCUGAGAACUUUACCAGCAGAGCUGUUCUCGAGGCGAUCGGCUCCUGUUUGACCAACAAGUACUCCAAAGGUUUUCCUGGUCAGAGCUACUACUAUGGUGGUUUAGAGUAUAAUGAUGAACUGGAGACUCUUUGUCAGAGGAGGGCGCUGGAGACCUUUGGUUUAGACUCUCAGAAAUGGGGGGUGAACGUGCGGCCAUACUCAGGUUCACCUGCUAACUUUGCUGUCUACACGGCUGUUGUUGGGCCUCAUGGUAGGAUCAUGGGCUUGGACGUUCCUGAUGGGGGUCACCUAUCGCAUGGCUACAUGAGGAAUGAGAAGAAAAUCUCUGCAACAUCCAUGUUUUUUGAAACUAUGCCAUACAAGGUGAAUCCAGAAACUGGCUACAUUGAUUAUGACAAGCUACAAGAAAAUGCACAACUUUUCCACCCCCAUCUCAUUAUUGCAGGAACAACUUGCUAUUCCAGAAACUUAGACUACGCCCGCCUGAGGCAGAUUGCUGAUGAGAAUGGUGCAUAUCUGAUGGGGGACAUGGCUCAUAUUGGAGGAUUAGUGGCUGCUGGAGUGGUGCCCUCACCCUUUGAACACUGUGACCUUGUUACAACUACAACUCACAAAAGUUUAAGAGGCUGCCGUGGUGGACUUAUCUUUUAUCGGAAAGGUACACGGAGCGUGGACUCCAAAGGAAAGGAGACUCUGUACAACCUGGAGUUUUUGAUCAACCAGGCCGUCUUUCCGGGGCUUCAAGGAGGACCUCAUAACAAUGCUAUUGCAGGUGUUGCUGUGGCUCUCAAUCAAGCCAUGACCCCAGAGUUUAAGGCUUACCAGCAGCAGGUUCUUGCCAACUGUCAAGCUCUAAGCAGCGCCCUUAUUGACCUUGGUUACCAGAUCGUCACUGGUGGUUCUGACAACCAUCUAAUUCUGCUGGACCUUCGCAAUAAAGGAACUGAUGGAGGACAAGCUGAGAAAGUCUUGCAAGCCUGCGCUAUUUCUUGCAACAAGAGCAACUGUUUAGGUGCUAAGAGUGAUUCGCUUCCAAAUGGUCUAAGGUUUGGGACUCCAGCUCUGACUUCCAGAGGUUUGAUAGAGGAAGACUUCAAGAAAGUGGCUGAAUUCAUUCAUAGAGGUAUAGAGCUAAAUUUGGAGGUUCAGAGAAGUUUGGACUCAAAAGCCACCCUGAAGGAGUUCCUCCAGGCGUUGGCUCGGGGGGAGAAGUUCCAGCAGCAGGUGGCUGAGAUCAGGGCUGAAGUGGAGGCUUUCGCUGGGCAGUUCCCCAUGCCUGGCCUUCCUGAGCUGUAGAGAGUCAACACUGCUUUACGGCUCCAAUUGAAAUACUUGCUGAUGUAUUUAAAACAGGUGGCGGCUAGCUCUUCCCUUUGUCAUUUGGCACCA